GGGUGUCACGUCUUCCAUCGAACUCCAUCCAAGGGACUCACCACAUACUGAUAAUGGCAUUCGAUCUAGUCGUGGAUUACCAGCUUUCAUUUAUCAUCCCCGCUCUCCAUGAAGAUGUCCGGCUACACGGCAAGGUGUCCAACGCUUGGCCAAGGCGUGCUCGUGCAUCCACAUACAUGACGCGUACCUAGGCAAUCUACUCGAUUACACGCCCACCGGCUCCCUUUGCUACUAGACGAAUGAGACGCUCUCUACAGCGCGCCAGAAAGGGAUGGCUUGUCCUACCCCUCGGCAGACACCCCACUCGCUUCCAGCCUACGCCCUCCUUCUUGCAACCUCCGAACAAUACGCAGUCAGAAAAGUCACGAACCAACGAUCCAAAUGGUGGGGACAAGCAAGCGCGGAGUAAGUUUGCAAGGAGCGUGCUUGAAGGAAGCACGGUAGCUCUGAUAUCGCUCUUCGGUCUGGGCCUUGGCGGCUAUGCCUAUAGUCUGUUUUACAAGAGGACGGUUGCGAAGAAGAUUGAGAAUGCUUUCGCAACAGGAUACAGCUCGCAAGAGCGGGUUGCGUUGGGUCGCAUCUCAUACGGUACGGAACCAGAUAAGAUACAAGAGAUUGUAGAGAGAGAAUACUGGGUUCCGCGAGCGGAGCAGGAAGACAUUGACAACGUCGUCAGCGGGAAGGCUAGGGGAAGAUACUACUUGGUUAUUGGCGAGCGAGGUACCGGCAAGCGAGCACUACUUCUAGAGGCUAUGCGGAAGGUCAACGGCGAUGGCAUUGCUAUGCUGGAAGCGCAUAACGAUCUGGAAGUAUUUCGAACGCGACUCGGCAAGGCCAUCGACUACGAAUUCCACGAAGACUACAUCGGAGGGCUGUUCAGCAUUCGUGGCCCUAGGGACAGCUCGCCGCUGCUAGACAUCGAGAGAGCGCUCAACCAGAUGGAGAAGGUAGCUCUGUCGCUGCGAAAGCGUCGCGGCAAGCCUCUCCUCAUGAUCAUCAACAACAUUCAUCUGUUCAAAGACGACGAAGCAGGAAAGCAUUUACUAGAGAUCUUGCAGCAGCGCGCCGAAAUUUGGGCCGGCAACGAGCUGGUCACAACUGUCUUUACCUCCGAUGAAUUCUGGUCUCUGGAGCGCCUGACGCCGCACGCAACCAAUAUGCACGUCAUCAGCGUCAGAGACGUACGGAAGAAUGUAGUGACUACUGCACUCAAACAGUACCGAUCGCGUUAUCAUAAUGAAGACGUACCCCAAAGCAUCCUGGACGAGGUCUUCGCCAAAGUCGGUGGCCGACUUAUCUUUCUGAACCAAGUCGCCAAAUCUAAAGACAUGCUAGAAACCUGCAAGCAGAUCAACCGAAGAGAGAAAAUGUGGUUUCUCAACAACUGCUGGAUCCUGGGCGACUCCAUGGACGACGACGUAGAAGAACAGCAAAAAUACUGCGCCGCCGCCAUCGUCCUAGCACGCGCGCUCGUCCUGCGCGAGCAAGAAACAUCUCAUCCAGAGCAAUUCUUUCUGCCUCAGAUCCCGCUACACGAAGCCCGUCAGAUCAUCACGCGCGCCGACUUCGUCCACCCGUUCGAUCACAUCAACGUGAUUCAUAUCGAUGCUCAUGGUAUGGUGCGAGCGGAUUCUGUGCCCAUGCAGAAUGCGUUUCGGGAGGUCGUCCAGCAACCGGGCUUUGAAGAGCAUUUGAAAGCGACGCUGAACCGGUUGGAUGAGUUGGAGAGUUUGGCGAGGACGAGAGAGGUUGCGAUGAGGGAUCCGCCGGAUAGGAGUGGGGGUAUUGUGCCAGUGCAGACGUAUUGCGCGAAGCUUUGAGACGGUGAGGACAUGGGUUUGUAGAUAUCGCGCAUGUGCUGCUUGUCGUAGCAGUUGCGAUCUCGUGCCUCACAACACAAACAUUGCCAGCUCACGUUCAAGUUCGCAAUCGUCUCUCCACAGUGGACACACUUCAACAGCUUUCGUCGACGAUCAUGGCCCUUCUGGCUUACCCUAACAACAUACUUAGUGCAAUGCUAGAUGAAUCUUGUGCUCUCCUCGACAAUGAGGACUCCCAGUCCCUGCGCCUGACCUGCCGACGCAUUUACCAACUGACCAAUGUUGACGCAGUCAUUCGCUACGCAGACAAGCUCCAUG